GCGCAGUGUCCCCGGGCUCCAAGAUGGGCGCGGUGCUCCACACGCUGGUUGCUGGUGGCUGUGGGGACCCCUCGGCCGCCGGCUGCAGUGGGGACAGGGGCCCGGCCGCCCAGGGGGGGCGUGGUGGGGGCGUCGCUGGGCCGCAAGCUGAGCGUUAUUGCUUUCGCGCCUUCCCUGGGAGCUCGCGGCCAAGGGGCGCUACUGACAUUGAGACCCGGUGUCAGCCUCACAGGAGUAAAAAGUUACCCUUUUGUUUGUACUGCCUCUUUCCACAAGAGUACCCCUCUGGCCAAAGAGGAUUAUUACCAGAUAUUAGGAGUGCCCCGAAAUGCCAGCCAGAAAGAGAUCAAGAAAGCCUAUUACCAGCUUGCCAAGAAAUAUCACCCAGACACAAAUAAGGACGAUCCCAAAGCCAAGGAGAAGUUUUCCCAGCUGGCGGAAGCCUAUGAGGUGCUGAGUGAUGAAGUGAAGAGGAAGCAAUAUGAUGCCUACGGCUCCACUGGCUUUGAUUCUGGGGCUGGUGGCUCUGGGCAGAGCUACUGGAAAGGAGGCCCCACCGUCGACCCAGAGGAGCUCUUCAGGAAGAUCUUUGGGGAAUUCUCCUCAUCUUCCUUUGGAGAUUUCCAGAGUGUAUUCAGUCAGCCUCAGGAGUAUAUCAUGGAUUUGACAUUCAAUCAAGCUGCCAAGGGUGUCAACAAGGAGUUCACUGUGAACAUCACCGAUACCUGUGAGCGGUGCAAUGGCAAGGGGAAUGAGCCUGGCACCAAGGUGCAGCAUUGCCACUACUGCGGUGGCUCCGGCAUGGAAACCAUAAAUACAGGCCCUUUUGUGAUGCGCUCCACGUGUCGGAGAUGUGGUGGCCGAGGCACCAUCAUCACAACUCCAUGUGUUAUAUGCAGAGGAACAGGAGAAGCCAAGCAGAAGAAGAAAGUGGUUAUCCCUGUGCCUGCAGGAGUUGAGGAUGGCCAGACUGUGAGGAUGCCUGUAGGAAAAAGAGAAAUUUUCAUCACGUUCAGGGUGGAGAAAAGCCCCGUGUUUCGGAGGGACGGCGCAGACAUCCACUCUGACCUCUUUAUUUCCAUAGCUCAGGCUCUUCUUGGGGGCACAGCCAGAGCCCAAGGCCUGUACGAGACAAUCAAUGUGACGAUCCCCCCUGGGGUCCAGGCAGACCAGAAGAUUCGGAUGAGUGGGAAAGGCAUCCCUCGGAUCAACAGUUAUGGCUACGGAGAUCACUACAUUCACAUCAAGAUAAGAGUUCCAAAGAGACUGACAAGCCGGCAACACAACCUGAUCCUGAGCUAUGCUGAGGAUGAGACUGACGUGGAGGGGACAGUGAAUGGCAUCACCAGCACAAGCACCGGUGGCAGCACCAUGGAUAGCUCCGCAAGAGGCAAGGCUAGGCCUGAGGCUGGGGAGGACAAGGAGGGAUUCCUUUCCAAACUUAAAAAUGUUUACCUCCUGAUACCUAGCCGAGGAAAACGGUCCACUGGGAACUAGGCUGGGAGCAGCGGCUCCUCCUCAUGGCCAGGGCACCUUGGAAGCAGGAGGAUUCCAGAACUGCAGCACCAAGCCUUGCCUACAGAGGCCCUCUGGACCGUCUUGGCAACAGCAAAAUCAUGUGACAACACGCCUCUCCACAGAAUGGUCAUGGUGGACAGCCCCUGGGCAGUAAGGCAUGGCAUGCCUAAGGGCUGGUAGAAGUUUUUGUUCCAUGGGUGUAACUCAGCCUCUUCUGGCUCAGACAGAGUAAGACAUCUGGAUACGUCCUGCAGAGCCAAAACUCUAAUUUGGAAUCAAAUGUGGUAGAAAUCUUAGUAAAGAAUUAAAGGCUAUGCUUACAGCUUUAAAAUGAAGCCUGAAGCUGCACCAAGUUGUGAAGUGAUUAAUUUCCCUCUCAUCAAACCUCUGGGAGGCUCUGGAAUGAGUCUUUCCUGACAGGUUGUCUUUUCCAGGAACUAGGGCCCUGCAAGCCCCCCUCAGUAGACGUAUCCCUUGCUCUUCUUGGAAUUUGUUUUAAUUCCCAAGGGUACCAAGCAGCUGGAACGUAAGGGCCUUGGGUCCUGGGGAGUCCCACACAGAGGGUCCCUGAGAUACUGUUCCUGACGUGGGCUGUGAUCUUUGUCAGGAUGGAUAGUCCUCCCACCCCACUGGGGUGGCCUCUUGUCCAUGACUGUUGAGUUCUGUUGUUUGACGCCAGGUGUGAGUGGAGCCUGCCCGUCUGCUGGACCACAGCCAUCCCUGGCUACAGCCUGGCUAAUGGCCUCCUUAUCCCAAAGCCUUAGCCCACUGCCCGCUACAGCUUGGUUCUCACCACUUACACUGUUGACACCUGUUUGCAGAAGCGUUUAAAUUAUUUAAUGCUAAGAAUCAUUGUCUUUUCCUGUAUAAAUGUUUGUUCAGAAAAGGAAAGCACAGUCUAAGCAGGUGAAGGCUCUCCAGCAUCCAGCCAGAGCAAAACAGUUUCCUCAACCUCAGCUUCUAGGAUGUGUAGAUUCCAUUUCCAGACCUUCCCGUUGUGGUAAGACAGGCUAAUGGAGAACACUUCUGAAUAGCUUCCCUUCAUAAUUUACUAAAAUAAAGCAUCUAUUAGUGUCUGAUCUACGAAUGUAAAAUGAUUCUGUAUCAAUGUAAAAGAUUAUCUACUGCAAAAAGAUAUUUAAAACCUACA